GGUUUCAAGCUGUGUGUUGGACGUCCUGAGGAGUUCGCAUCGCUCGUGGCUGCCAUGAUAAAGACUAAUAUCGCUCCUGAUUUCGUCACUGUUGAUGGAACUGAGGGAGGCACAGGUGCGGCACCCCCAGAAUUCUCGAACAGCGUGGGCAUGCCCUUGAUUGAAGGCCUCACCUUCGUAAAUGAUAUCCUGACUGGUGCUGGUAUCCGAGACCAAGUCAAGAUCAUCACUGCCGGAAAGGUUAUCAGUGGCUUCAGUGUGGUUAGGAAUUUGGCGCUGGGUGCGGAUAUCUGCAACUCUGCGCGUGCCAUGAUGUUUGCCCUGGGCUGCAUACAGGCGCUCAAAUGUGAUUCGAACAAAUGCCCUUCAGGCGUAGCCACCCAAAACCCAGCGCUGAUGGCAGGACUGGAUCCCAACGACAAGAGCGUGCGCGUUUUCAACUACCAGAAGAACACCGUAGACGCCGCCCUGCACAUCAUCGGAGCUGCCGGAUACGACUCUCCGGCGGGUGUAUCGAGAGACCAUGUGAUGGUGCGUACAGACGGUGUGUACUGUGCGUCCUAUGCUGAGCUGUACCCAGCGGUGAAGCCCGGUUCGCUGCUGGAUGGGACGGCGGAGAGGCAGAAUCUGCAGCAGAUCUGGGAUGCUGGCCUACUGUUGGUCAAUCGAGAGCACGAGGCAAUCGAGCACGAGGACCAUUAUCUUCCGAACUAAUUGCAAAUUAGAACAUCAAUAGCUUUGUACUAGAGUCUGCGUAGGUGAUGUAUUUGCCGGGUGUAUCAGGUAGUUGCGCACUCUGGGAUGCAGGUCUUCCGCCGCCGGUGAACGGACAGCAUAGGGUCUUGAAAUGCCACGAGAAUUAUAGUCGAGAGAAUACGAAACGUCAUGCGUUACAAAACUGUGCACUAAACAAAUAAAGUUAUCUUAGAAAUCAGGA